GACCCGAAGACGACCAUGAAGGACAGGCGGAUGCAGCAGCAGCAGGGCGGAGAGAAGAAGCUGAAGCGCGGGCAGAAGGCGCCGCCCAAAGAGCCGCACUUCAGCAACCCUGCGGCCCGCUUCUACGACCCCACCGACGACUUCGGGCUCAAGGCCUACUUCCCGACGCCCGACUACUCGGGCCAGAUCCUGGAGACGCAGCUGCGCGAGCACGCGCCCUGGCGCUACCGGCCGCUCAGCAUCACGGACCCCGCGACGCACCGCCGCUCGGCCGACGCGGAGCGCCGUGUUCGGGAGCGCCUCGGCUUUACUCGGGCCGACCAGCUGGCGGUGAAGCGCUCGGUGGGGGUCGCCAGCCUGCUCAACGCCAACCUGACCGCCGCCCCCCGCCGCCCCGACGCCCACCCCGCGGCCUGGGCCUACGCGUCCGACCAAGACACGGACACCAGUCUCGGACGCGACCUGCACCGCAUCUCGGAGGAGCUCGACGUGACCGCCGUCGCAGCCGCCUCCGCCGCCGCCGCCGUCGCCGAGGCCACCGCCGACGCCGCCGAGAUCCAGCAGAAAAAGGCCGCGCGCGCCGCGGAGAGAGAGCUGCGCGAGUACCGCGAGCAAACGCUGCGCGAGGGUCGCGAGCUGCGGAGCGUGCGCAGCCCGAGCGUCACCAUGCCCACCAACGAGUACCAGGGCAAGUCGGCGCGCGCCAUCGCGGGCAAGCUCAUGAUGGAGAGCGUCCGCAACCUGUGCCUCGACCGGUCCGCCACGGCGCUCGGCCUCGACCAGGAGCGGGAGGCCGCCGUCGUGGCCUCGGCCGCGGCCCGGGCCAGGCGCAUCGCGAUGGACGCCGAGGAGGAGGUCGAGACCACCACGUUCGUGGAGGAGCGCACCAUCGCCCAGUCCAUGGACGCCCUCAAGCGGGACAUCCGCGGCAUCCAGACCAAGUCCCACGAGUUCCUCGAAGGCACCAGCAAGCAGACUGCCAUCGAGAUCGAGCAGCUCAACGCCCGCGUGGUGGAGGCCGAGACCAAGCUGAAGACCGAGGUGACCCGCAUCAAGAAGAAGAUGCAGAUGACCAUCACCGAGCUCGAGAUGUCCCUGGACGUCGCCAACAAGAACAACCUGCAGCUGCAGACCACCAUCAAGAAGCAGUCCCUGCAGCUCACCGAGCUCCAGGCCCACUACGACGAGACCCAGAGGCAGCUGGCCGUCACCCUCGACCAGUACGGCAUCGCCCAGCGCCGCCUGCAGUCCCUCACCUCCGAGCUGGAGGAGGUCCGCUCCAACUGCGAGACCGCCCUGCGCGCCAAGCGCACCGCCGAGCAGGCCUACGAGGAGGCCCAGAGCAGGAUCAACGAGCUCACCACCAUCAACGUCAACCUGGCCAGCUCCCGCUCCAAGCUCGAGCAGGAACUCGGCACCCUCGCCGGCGACUACGAGGAGGUCACCAAGGAGCUCAGGAUUGCCGACGAGCGCUACCAGCGCGUCCAGGUCGAGCUCAAGCACACCGUGGAGAUGCUGCACGAGGAGCAGGAGCGCGUCAUCAAGAUCGAGACCAUCAAGAAGUCCCUCGAGAUCGAGGUCAAGAACCUGUCCAUCCGCCUGGAGGAGGUUGAGGCCAACGCCAUCGUGGGAGGCAAACGCAUCAUCAGCAAGCUCGAAGCUAGGAUGCGUGACCUGGAGCUGGAGCUGGACGAGGAGAAGAGGCGCCACGCCGAGACCAUCAAGAUCCUGCGCAAGAAGGAGAGGCACGUCAAGGAGGUGCUCAUCCAGAACGAGGAGGACCAGAAGAACAUCAGCCUGCUCCAGGAAAUGCUCGACAAGACGACUCAGAAGGUCAACAUCUACAAGCGACAGCUGACUGAACAGGAGGGCAUGUCGCAGCAGACCGUGAGCCGAACACGUCGCUUCCAGCGCGAACUGGAGGCCGCCGAGGACCGCGCCGAGAACGCCGAGAGCAACCUGUCGCUGAUCCGCGCCAAGCACCGCACCUUCGUCACCACCUCCACCGUCCCCGGCUCCCAGGUGUACAUGGUCCAGGAGACCAGAAGCACGUCCGAGACCUACUAAGCCAAUGGUGUUAGGAGCGGCAGCGCACUACCUUUUUUUGACUUUGACACCAGACGUACUACUCAAAAGAAAAGGAAAGAAAUAAAGAUGGAAGGUUUGCGGUGACCAUUUGAAAAAAAAAUGAAACAAUAUACGCGUUAUUUUUGUUGUUUA